AGCUCGACCAAGUGAAUAUUGCCGUCCUUCGAAUCACUUCUACGCCCUCGAUCAGACGUCGCCUUUCACUAGAUCAAGGCUCCAACUCCGUCCCUUCCACAACAGUCUCAACUCCACAACUCGAGUCUUCGCAACAACCACAACUCAACAAUCAGUGGCAACUUUCAGCCAUCAACACCAGCAACCAUGGACGACGAACUGAUUGCCAACUUUACCGCCAUCACCUCAGCAACUCCUGAACGCGCCCGCCAGUACCUCACCUUGACCGAUAGCAACCUUGAACAGGCCAUCCAACUCUUCUUCGACAGCGAUGGUGCCGACAUGGGCGCCGCCAUGCCACAGCAAUCCACCCAGCCCGCUGCCCAACCAGCAUCACGCCGAUACAACGAGGACGACAACGGUGUUGUUACGAUAGACUCAGACGACGAUGACGCCGCCUACGAGGACGAUGAGGCAAUGGCAAGACGCUUGCAGCAGGAGGCUUACGGAUCCGCCGGCGGUGAAGACGAUGUCAGAGCACCCAUGGCAAGAACUACUGAGACUCUCGUCGGCCCUGGCUCUAGAUGGGGUCCUGCUGGCGAUGAUGAGGAUGACAUCAACGCUGCCGUCGCCGAGCAGAUGCUGGCACGUCAGAGAAGAGCUAACACACGACCCGGUAUCUUCAACCAAGUCUCUGUCUGGGACGAUGCGAACCCCGGCUUCGCCACUCCGUCCGACCCAGAAGCCCACCGCCGCAACCUUGCUCGUGCUACUGGAGGCGCCUCCGAACAAUCUUCCAAAUCAACUCUGCUCGCCGAACUCUUCAGACCUCCCACCGAUCUCAUCUCGCCACUGUCGUUCCAGGACGCUCGCGACGAAGGAAAGGAAGAAGAAAAAUGGAUCAUCGUCAACGUUCAAGACCCCUCCAUCUUCGACUGCCAGGUCUUGAAUCGCGACAUCUGGAAGAAUGCUCAAAUCAAGGAGACUGUCCAAGAGAACUUCAUCUUCUUGCAAUACUCCAAGGACGACCAGCGCGGUACACAAUACGUUCAGUACUACUUCCAAAACAGAGACAGCGAUGACGCAUACCCUCACAUCGCCAUCGUCGAUCCCCGAACUGGUGAGCAAGUGAAGGUCUGGUCAGGCGCCCCCGUCCCAAAAGCCGCCGACUUCCUCAUGGAUCUGCACGAGUUUCUGGACCGUUACAGCCUGAGUGCUUUCGCAAAGAAUCCGGUGGCUACUCGUAAGCCCGAGAAGAAGUCCAAGGACGUUGACAGAAUGAGCGAGGAGGAGAUGUUGGAGAUGGCCAUGCAAAACAGCCUGCAACAAGGCGGCGCAGCACUCAAGGACGACGAUCCUGAUGCUCUUACCAAGGAUGACUCGAACAAGGGAAAGAGCGCAGCCGUCGAUCCAGACGCCAUGGACAUCGCCGACACUGGCGUACCAAUCCAGAACGCAGAGACAGAACCCUCGUCAUCACAGGCAGGUCCUUUCGCCCAGAUUGCUUCCGACAGACCUCACACCGAACCCACAACGGAUUUGGCAGCGACAACUCGCAUCCAGUUCAGAUAUUCUGGUGGAAGACAGGUCAGACGUUUCGGGCUACACGAGGAGGUGCGCCGCAUGUACGAGUGGCUCAAGGCAUCACCCAUCGAAGGCAAGCAAGACUUCGAUUUCGAGCUUGUCUUCAUGGGCCGCAAUCUGAUCGAGGCUCUGGAUCAGACCAUUGAGGAGGCUGGCCUCAAGAACGGCUCCGUGAUGAUCGAGUUCCUGGAAUGAGAUGGUCUCGAGAUAGUCUGGAGAUCCUUGUCGAACGCACCUGCGAGAGAGAUGAUGGAUCCUAACGUAAUACGCUGGAGGAAGGGGAUAUUUCUCACGCAAGCUGCAUACAUAGACGGCAUUGAGGGUACUCUAGCUAAUGCAUAACGUAUAAUCAUGACAAAACGUAUAUACCUACCAUUGAGUACUG